AUGAUGGAUAUGGGGUUAUUUCGCCGGUUUUCAAGCGAAAAAUCGUCUUCAUGGUGGCCGCUGCUUCUAUGCCUUUGUGUCGCAGAAAUCGCUCACGGCCAGGUCCGUUAUUCUACACCUGAGGAAAUGACUACCGGCUCGGUUGUCGGAAACAUCAUUCAGGACCUUGGCUUGGAUGUUAAACGGCUUAAAUCUGGGCGAGCUCGGAUAUUUACCGAGGACGGCAGUGAGUACAUUGGUUUGAAUGCAGAAAAGGGAACUCUGAUUGUCUCAAAAAGAAUAGACAGAGAAGAAUUGUGCAAGCAAGUGUCUCCAUGCUCUCUACAUUUUCAAGUCAUCUUAGAAAAUCCGAUGGAGCUUCAUCCAGUGAGAAUGGUGAUCCAGGACCAGAACGACAACCCCCCUCAGGUCCUGUACCCAGUCCAGACUGGAGGCUCAGUGGUGGCUGAGAUGGUGCCUCGUGCAGCAGACGUGGGCUAUCUGGUGACCAAAGUGGUGGCUGUUGAUGUGGACUCUGGCCAGAAUGCGUGGCUGUCGUAUAAACUGCAGAGAGCCACAGACAGGGCGCUGUUUGAGGUGGGCUCCCAGAAUGGAGAGAUCAGAACUAUCCGCCAAGUGAGUGAUAAAGAUGCAGUCAAACAGAGACUGACUGUUAUCGUGGAGGACAACGGCCAGCCGUCUCGUUCAGCCACAGUCAUUGUGAACGUGGCGGUGGCGGACAGCUUCCCUGAAGUGCUGUCUGAGUUCACUGACUUCACACAGGACAAGGAGUACAAUGACAACCUGACGUUUUACUUGGUGCUGGCUCUGGCUGUGGUGUCGUUCCUGUUCAUCACGUGUUUGGUGGUGAUUAUUUCAGUGAAAAUCUACCGAUGGAGGCGUGAGCGUAUGUAUUGCAAAUCCAGUGGGAAUCUUCCUGUUAUUCCGUAUUACCCGUCCCUUUACGCAGACACCUUGGGCACUGGUACGUUGAAACCAGCAUUCAGUUACGAGGUGUACGGAACAACAGACUCCCGGAAGAGUGAUGUUAAAUAUACUCGACCUUUCAGUCAAAGUACUCUGAGUGUUGACCACAGUGGCACCAGGACGGUGCCCAGGCAUAGCACUGAGUCUGAGAACGUGCUCACUGAGGUGAGACCCGCCUCUUUUCCUUCCUUUAUACUCUCUUACCAUUAUUUUCACUUUCUUGUCUUUUAGUUCUUGAUGCCAAGUGUUGUUGACUUCUCAGUCAUUAUCUAGCUGUGGUACAGUAUCAACUAACUGCUCACUGAAGGGUCUAUUUUGUUGAGCCAAUAUUAUUUUAAGAGAAGUAGUUUAUUCUUAAUUCCUUUGAAUGUUAAAAUGCAUCAUUUGGCUGAAUUUCAA